UGAUACCGUAAUAAUCCCCGGGCUUUUCGCAUCAAUCAGUCUCCCAUUUAAUCCCUCAACAGUCCGCAAUUGAUCACGAGUGACCAAUUAAUUUCGCUCCACUCGGGUGAUCGAUAAAUUUGUGAAUUCAUUCGUCAGGAAAAUUUUUCAAGGGUUUCAAAGGAUUUGAAUUUUUCGUAAUCUGAGGCAACAGCUGCUCUCAGGAAGCAGAUAAGUCAAUCGAGAGCACCGCCAACAAAGUGAAACAGAGCAAGGAGACGGGUGUUUAUUCACACAACCUGACCGAGUUAAACUCGUGGUUUACAUCCCCCACCAUCUGGUCAUUUACCCAAGCGCCAGUCCUCGAGGCUCAGAGUGUCGCGGGGCCUCCACGAGCGUGCCAGACUUGGCGUCGUCAUCGGGUCAAGCGAUACAAGCCCAUUGCCCAAAUUUUUCUGAAUCGAGUGCAGCUCACGUGGACUUUCGCGUUGUUUUUUUAAUCGCGCUGGGGGGGGGAGCGAGUGAAUGGCGUGAAGGUUAGUGCAUUCAGGUUGGGCAGGUCCCUGUGGCUGUGCGCAUGGUUGUGUAGGUCCGGGCGGCAAUUGGAGGGGCCGAGGGGGUGGGCAAAUUGUCCCGGCGACGCUCCUUUGAGAGGAGCGCGAGGCAAUGGCUGCCACCGGCUGCAGAGUCUCUUGUAAUCGUGGGGAUUGUGGUGGUGAUAAUGUGUCUCGGAAUUGUUCGGAAACGAGGGAGAGAUCGAGGUAGUGAGAGGAUUGUGGUCGGAACAGUGCAAGUGGUAUGAGGGAGUGACAGUUGUCGAUUCUUUCGGUGUUUUAUUCGUGGGACACAGGGCUUUCUGGUUAAUUGGACUGAGGGGAGAUGCUCGAGGUGUUAUUGUGAUUGAUAUGAAGGCGAAGGGGACUGGUAAGAACCACAUUGAUGGCGAUGUGGAGUCGAUUGAGGCCAAUGAGAGGUAUGACGAGUUCAAUACUGUGAUGGUGCCUGUGUCGAGGAGCCUCAGUAGGAGUCCGCAGAGCGAUGAGGGCAUUGAGGCUGACGCCGAGGCCAGGAGGAACAAUGUUGGCAGAUGCUGGAGUAUUGACUCGUCAAAUGGCGAGGAGGAGCUCGGGAAGGGCACUCUGUGGCAGAGGAGACAGUCGAAAAUCAGGGUCACCAGGUGCUGCAGCUCUGACAGCGCUGUCUUGAGUGACGAUGAUCAGAUUAAAGGAUGGGAUAACUUGAUCAUCGGUGAUCGCAGCGAGUGUGACUCGACCGAGGAGAGGCCCAGGUACUGGAGAACACCCAGUGUUGUCGUUAGUGACUACUCAGACUACUCCUAUCUCGAUGAAAAAUACGACAGGAGUGAUUUUGAACUGGAGAAGUUCGAGGGAACGUCGGGCUCACCGAGUCAGGCCAGCAGUUGCUCAUGCUUAGACUGCGAUGAUAUUAGUGAAUUUCAAGACUUAAAUUCCCCUGUUCAUAGCCACCUCCAGGUCGGUGGACAGAGGCGACAUUCAGACUCUUGCUGCACAUGUUUGCCCAGUUCCAGCAUCAACAACAGGGGUGUUAAUGGUAACCCCAGUAGGAGGAACUCGUGUCUGGCAACACCAGGCCCAUACUCAUUGAGAUCGGAAUCAUCAGCCCCAGGGUAUCCCAAGGGUGACAUCAAUCCUGAAGACACUAGGACCAACGUCGAGCUCCUCGAGCUACCACCAGUGCGAAAGAUAUCUGAUUGUUCCACGAAUUCCAGUCUCAGUGGUGAUGACUUCGAGGUCACCGAACUGCAGCCAUUAAAGAGGCCACAGAGCUCUGGGUGGAGAAAACUGAGGAACAUUGUACAGUGGACACCCUUUUUCCAGACUUAUAAGAAACAUCGGUAUCCGUGGGUCCAACUAGCCGGUCACCAAGGUAACUUCCGAGCGGGUCCGACCCCGGGCACAAUCCUGAAGAAGCUCUGCCCGCAAGAGGAGGCCUGCUUCCGUCUCCUGAUGCACGACGUCCUCCGCCCCUACGUCCCCGAGUUCAAGGGUGUCCUCGACGUUCGAGAGUCCGAGGAGGACCGGAGCAGUCAGGAGCCCGAGGCGCCCCCCAAGGACCCAGAGGACUCCCCCCAGAGUCCCAUCGUCGCCUCCUACCUCCAGCUCCAGGACCUCCUCGGGGACUUCGACCAGCCCUGCGUCAUGGACUGCAAAGUCGGAGUGCGAACGUACCUCGAGUCAGAGCUGGCAAAAGCCAAGGAGCGCCCAAAACUCCGGAAGGACAUGUACGAGAAGAUGAUCCAGGUGGACCCCUCGGCCCCGAGCCCCGAGGAGCGUCGUCUCCAGGGUGUGACCAAGCCCAGGUACAUGGUUUGGCGCGAGACAAUAUCCAGCACAGCGACCCUCGGCUUCAGGGUCGAGGGGAUAAAGUUGAGCCACGGUGGCUCCUCCAAAGACUUCAAAACCACUAGAACACGAGAGCAAGUGACUGAGGCACUGAAAAAAUUCGUCGAGGAUUAUCCACACGCUGUACCAAAGUAUCUCCAGAGGCUCAAGGCCAUCAGGGCGACACUCAAGGCAUCGCCAUUCUUCGCGAGUCACGAGGUCGUUGGGUCGAGUCUGCUGUUCGUUCAUGACGCACAAAAUGCUGGUGUCUGGAUGAUUGAUUUUGCCAAGACUCUACCUCUACCCUCGCAUCUCCAUAAAAUAAGGCACGACGCUGAGUGGGAAGUUGGCAAUCACGAGGAUGGGUAUCUCAUUGGUGUCAACAAUAUCAUUGAUAUCUUUGAGGACAUUAGAAACUCGGUGCCCUGAUCAUUGGGGGAAUUUUUUUACAAUUGGUUGGCACGAGCCGGCGGCGUGGUGGUUUAAUGAGUGUAAUAGAGACGAUUGGUGUGUGGAGUGGUGAGAGGAAUUCUUUAGUGAAGUGGUCUUUAGGUUCCAGAAUUCGAGGAUUUUUUGCUGCUGAGGACGUUCAGCAUUGAAAUGUCUUCUUAUAUUUUUUUGAGAACUACUCGUUAUUCAGUUGAUUGAAAUUUUGGAAAUGAAGGAAUUUGUCUCGAUCAGUUGGUGUGGGAGCAAAUUCAGGAAAAAUGGGUUUUCAUAUUCUAUUCAUCCAUUUUUAUAAACGAGAAAUGAGAGAUGAUUUUUUUUUGUCGAUUUAAUUCGAAAUUUUGAGGUAUUUCUUGAUGGAAAUUCAAUUUGUUAUCGAGAUAUUUCAAUUUUUUAACAACGAAGACUGGAUUUUUGCAAGUGAGGGAAUUUAUUAUAAGUUCUACAAAAAUGGGUUUUCAUAGUCUAUGAUAAUCCAUUUUUAUAAACGGUAAAUACGAACUGAUUUUUUUAUCGUUCGUUGUAGAUUUAUCGUGGUGAUGAGAGGUUCUGGAUGGAAAUUUCGAGUUAUUUCUUGUAGAAAAUACCAUUUAUUAUCGAGAUUAUUAAAUUUUUUAUCAACAAAGACUGUGGACCCUCGCAGUUGAGAGACACUAUUAUUAAAAAUGUCUGCAAAAUUUCUUAUAAAAUUCUACAAAACAUGGGUUUUCACAGACUAUCAUAAUCCAUUUUUAUGGACGAGAAAUGACAAGUGAUUUUUUUAUCAAUUCAGUUCGAAACUCAAUCCCAUUCGUUGAUUCUGGUAACGAGUGGUUCUAAAAUAAAUUAUAGAGAGUUUUCUGUAGCUCAUGAAAUUCACUACAAAAAUCUCCUUCAACGUGUCGAAAUGAUUCAAUUUUUUAUUUAAAAAAGAACUAAAAAAUUCAAUUCUUGGAGAAUUGUGGAUUAAUUUUGAUAACGAGUGGUUCUAGGACAAAAAUACCAAGAAAACUCCAAACUUCCCAGCCAUUAACGAUCAUCACCAGCAAUUUUAAUUAUAAACGAAGAAAUGAAAGAAUACAGAGAAAACCUAUUCUUUCCCUAAUUGCCAACGUUUCGAACACUCAAAGUGUUCUUCAUCAGAGCAUUUAUUUAUUCUAUAUUCAGCCCAUCAGUUAUUUAAAGGCUGUAACAGAAAUGUAUCAAUCCAAAGAAAUUCACAGAAUGGCUGUAAAGUUCCAAGUUUUUUGGAGAUGAAUGGAAGCGAUUGGAAUAAUUAUCGUGAAAUAUCAAAAAACAUCUUUCGUAGCUCAAAAAAUCCUCGCCUCAAUAGGCCACUUGCCCCCUUACUAAUGAAUUCAACGUACGUAAACUCGUUAGUUCGAUAGAAUUUUCAAUCUUUUUAUUUGUUGGAUGAUGCCCGAAGAGACUAGCACACGAGCUGUACCCCCUCUUCGUAAAUCAAACAAAUAACCCAAGUUGAGAGUACGUAAACUCGGUAGUUCGAUAGAUGAAUGGACCCUUCCACCCUCCCCACCCCUGGAGGAUCCCAGAGAUUCUGAGUUACUCCAAAAAAAAAAUUAAUCUAAUUAAAUUUAAACCAACAAACCAAAGACGCGGUAGCUGUGGCUGCCUAGAAAAUCACCUAUCACUGGAUGUCAGUCACAUAGAUUAAUGUAUUUAAAGCCCCCAAAAUUGUUCCAAAAAUUUUCCAUGGACAAAUUUAGUGAAAUUAGCUUUUGUAUAAACUGUAUUUCUACGAAUGAAAAAAACAAAAAUUCAUUGGUAUUUUGAGAAUCACAAGAAAAACAUUUUACUUAAGUUGUUUCAUCAUCUCUUUUAGCUCAUCAUUUUAUUAAUUUAAUUUAACUACUUAUACGUAAGACUUUUAUUUAUACUUUUUUUUUGAAAUAACAUUGCGCAAAUCGUCUCCCGAUACGAGACGAUUAUUUUGUAUUCACAAAGCGUAUUCACACGUUUGUAAAUAAAUCGUCAUUUAUUCAUA